CACGCUAUGACGUGUGCCAAUCCAAGCGACUAUCCUCAACAUCUUCCUUCUUCAACUGCACGACAGAGUUUCGCAUUAUUUUCGUUGCUCUCCAUAUAAAAAGACAUACGACUGAUUGAACUUCACGAUUAUGACGCCAACCAAGAAACGCCUCGAAAAAGAAUUCCACGGCCUGCGCAAAACCCCCGCGGACGGCUACCACGUCGAACUAAAAUACGGCGAGAUCUUCGAAUGGAUAGGCACCCUCCACGGUCUCGACAACUCCCCUUACGAAGGCGGCAACUUCAACUUCCACGUCCAAUUCACCGAGGAUUACCCGGAGAAGCCGCCCAAAGUCAACUUCACAACCAAGAUCUACCAUCCCAACGUUGACGGCAGAACAGGGGUUGUGAGUUGGAAGAUGCUAGGCGAAGAUUGGCAUCACAACAACACGAUGGAGAAGGUGUUGAUGAGUUUGAGGACGCUGUUGGAUCAUCCGGAGUUGGAGAGCGCGGUGGAGGUCAAGAUUGCUAAUGAGUAUGCGAACUCGAGAGGCGCGUUUGAGAAACAUGCGAGAGAGUGGACGCAGAGAUGUGCUAAGGAGGAUUCUGUGUCGACUGGUUUCACGUAAUGAAGAAGAUCGCGACUCAUCGCUUAAAAUAUAAUAACAAAGAACUUUCUCGGCCCUCGCGUCACACCACGAGA